AUGGCUGACAUUGAAAGCAAGCCCGAGGUUGCAGAGUCGUCAAAAGGGGCAGAAGAAGAAAAGGAAGAGGUCGUAGACUCUGUUGACAUCCACUUUGAACCUGUUGUCAAAUUGGAGGAAAUUGAAGUUAAAACACAUGAAGAGGAUGAAGAACCGAUAUUCAAAAUGCGUGCAAAGUUGUUUCGAUUUGACAAACCUUUGAAGGAAUGGAAAGAACGCGGUACCGGUGAAGUUCGCUUUCUUCAACAUAAACAAUCUCGUAAAGUUCGUUUGCUGAUGCGAAGAGACAAAACGCACAAAGUUUGUGCAAAUCAUUACAUCACAUCUGAAAUGGCACUUUCACCCAAUGUCGGAUCUGAUCGUUCUUGGGUUUGGAACGUUACUGCCGAUGUGUCUGAUGGAGAAUCAAAGGCAGAAACUUUGGCCAUUAGAUUUGCCAAUACUGAAAACGCUAAUAUUUUCAAAGAAAAAUUCAUCGAAGUUCAAAAGAUAAACGUUGAACUUUCAAGGAAAACUGAAACUACUGCUGAAGCAAGUGAAACUCCUAUUAUAUCAGACGAAUCAAAAGAAUCAAAGGAGGAAGAAAAAAAAGGAAAAAAAAUAAAUCUUUGA